UACGCUGACUCCAGCUCUAAGCGGCUUUCUGCAUGCGAGUCAGCGUUCUCUCGAAAGAGUCGAUUCAGAGUCGACUCCGAUCCGUUAGAGUCACGCGCACCCUGCACUACAUUACCCAUUGCGCUCGCGACAAAUUACGUCACAAUUUUUUCCCAACGUCCGCAGUUCCCUCUGUGUGUUUACAGUGCAGGAGUGAGAGUGUAUGUGUGUGUGUGUUUCGGACAGAGCGAGGCGGAGCAGAGCAGGACAGUGAACAUGGCCGAGGCGGAGGCUCCGGAUCUGGACGGGGAUCCGGUGACUCCCGGGGCUCGUGUUCCUCGCGGUCCCCGGGUGUGGUUCGGGGAGUCUGCGCAGCCCGCAGGCGGUGUGGUCGGCCACCUGCUGGGACAGCAGCCCUCGCUAAAGUUUGACAAGAACAUCAAGCAGGCCUUUUACAACACGGGCGCCAUGAUCUUCGUGGCGAUUUGCUGCGGCGCGGCGGUGCUGGUCUACUUCAUCCUGGAGGCGUUCCUGCGGCCGCUGCUCUGGGCCGUGCUGUGCGGGACAUUCCUGCACCCCUUCAAGCACUCCCUGGCGCGCGUGGGCCGCUCGUGGCUGGGCGGGCUCCGGGCCAGCGGCACGCCCAUCGUGCUGGGGACACUGCUCGUCCCGGUGCGCUGUGUCAACCACGGGGUGGAGACUCUGGGCGCCCUGCUGCUCCAGCGCCUCAAGGUGCUCCUGCUGAUUGGGGCCGGGGCGCCGCUCCUCUACUUCCUCUACCUGUCCUGGAGCGCCAUCGGCAUGCAGGCGGUGCUCCAGCACCUGUGUGACGUCAUAUGCCACGUGCUCGACUGCUUCAGUGCCUUGUGGGUUGGAACGUUAGUGGUGGGAUAUGUGCUGGCUGUGGUGUUUAAGUGGACACCGGGUAUGGAGGGUUACCUGCGCGCCAUGUCUGUGCCCAUUUGGGCGAUUCUUAUAUUCUACCUGGUGUCUCUGACAGGAGCCUGGCGAGUACCCAUGUUUGUGUUGAUGGUCAUUCUGCUCAUCGUGGGCUCUCAGGAAAAAGCGCCGGUACCAGGAAAAGGAGAACUUCCAGGACAGGUGCUCUCCUUUGCUGCUAGCACUAUCUACAUGGCCAUUACCUGCAGUAACCACCGGCCUGUGACUGAGAAAGAUCAAGAGAAUGAUGCUAAAACACCUUCUACAGAUGAGUCUAAAACGAGUGAGGUUUUCACCCCCCCUCCGCUGCUGCGUCCUCGUCCGGUUUUCCAGGGUCUCACGCAGAAGGAGAAAGCCAGUGAUAUCUAUUUUGUGAUGCUGGUGUGGGCCAUCGUACUGGUGCAAAUCUGGCUCAACCUCUGGAUCCUACAGCUGUUACCCAUCCCUUUUGCUGUGUGGGUAAUUAAGAGGUUGGUGGUACAUUUCGGGGUAAAGAAGUUCACUGAGCGUACACUGGCAGCAUGGUGGGUGGUCCUGGAGAGGUUUAUCAGAGACAGACAGGAUGCUCUGCUGCCUGGACCGAUCAAAGGACUCGCACACUUUCUCCUGCGGGUCGAUACCAAGCUCUGGCAUUGGCUUAACAAGCAGAUGAUCAUAUGGUUAGAGAAGUCUCUGGAUAAACUCAUCAGUAUCUUCAUCAUCUUUCUCCUGGUCACAGGGACACUCCUCAUGGCCCUCUUGCUCACUGCUAUGGUGCAUCACGAGAGCGCUCAUAUCGUAGAGGUCACCAGCAACCUGAUCAACGAGACUCUCGCCAACCACCCAGAGUGGGCCAACUGGCUUCCAGAGGCCCGCGUUGUUCAGAAAGCGCUUAACUCCGCAGCCACGAACGUGUACCAGCAUGGGAGAGAGUGGAUAACUCAAAAGCUCCAUAAGAUGCUCGGUGAGAAAGUGAACAACACUGCAGUGAUUGAGAAGCAGGUUCUGGAGCUGUGGGACCGACUUUACCACUCAUGGUUUGUUAAGAACGUAACAUAUAGCGGACGCCACCGGGGCCACAAGCAGCACCUGCAGAGGCACCCCAGCUGGCUGGGAGACAUACUGGACUGGCAGGAUGUUGUCUCUUUCCUGCAAGACAACAUUGAAACGUUGCUAUCGAUCGUGGAGUCUUUAUGGGUAGUAAUGAGCCGCAAUGUCGGUUUGCUGAUCUCCACAACUACGACGCUGCUCACUGUACUGUUCCACAGCGGCACAGCACUGCUCAACUUUGUCCUCUCACUGGUAAUUUUCCUGACGACGCUCUUCUACUUACUGAGCUCCAGUGGUGAGUACUACAAGCCUGUAAAGUGGGUGAUCAGCCUUACACCCCUGUCCCAGCCUGGACCUUCGUCCAACAUUAUCGGCCAGUCUGUGGAGGAGGCCAUCAGAGGUGUGUUUGAUGCAUCUCUAAAGAUGGCAGGAUUUUAUGGCCUUUACACCUGGCUCACACACACCAUCUUUGGCAUUAAUAUCGUCUUCAUUCCCUCCGCGCUGGCAGCCAUCCUUGGUGCCGUCCCGUUUUUGGGGACGUACUGGGCGGCGCUGCCGGCAGUUCUGGAUCUCUGGCUGGCACAAGGUGAAGGUGUAAAAGCCCUGCUGCUGCUCCUCGCACACCUGCUGCCGACCUACUUCGUCGAUACGGCCAUUUACUCGGACAUAUCAGGAGGGGGUCAUCCUUAUCUGACUGGCCUAGCUGUGGCUGGUGGAGCGUACUAUCUGGGUUUGGAAGGGGCGAUCAUAGGCCCGAUCCUGCUCUGCAUCCUGGUGGUAGCGUCCAACAUCUACAGUGCCAUGCUGAUGAGUCCGAGCAGCAGCCAAGCUACACCAGUGCAGAGCAACUUCCCUCAGCACCUGGGCAGUACGUUCCUGGACUCUCCUCUGCUGAUGAAAAGCGUGACGGAGUGAAAAAAAAAAAAAAAAACCCAGCUGGUUUCCCGGUCCGCUCUGCUGUUACUCAUCCCUCAGUACUCUGGUGAGCCCGAGUCUGGAACGUCCUCCUCCUUUUCCCACGGGGUACGGACGUCUCGGGCACUGAAGACGCAUCUGGAGUGCUGAUGAUCUGGGGAUCGGCUCGGGAUCGGCGGACUCCCGCGUCUCACGCUUAGCAAUUAAUGCUAAGCUUCCACAGCCUGAGUGCAUAUUACAUUUUUACGCUGCUAACACCCGAGUGCUAACUGCAGUUAGCAGGAUUGUGUCCCAUUUAGCAUAGCACCUAUAAACUCAACUAGCAACUAGCACUGUACGAUCGUUAGGGUAACUGUUUACACACAGCACUUGACUGUAAACUCACAUUCACACUGGUUUUAUUAUAACGGUUAUAGUUUUUUUUUUUACUUUAACUGUGUUAAUGAAUUAUUUAUAGAAUAUAAUGUGACAAAAUUUACCCUGCUGCUUUGUGUGUGUGUGGGGGGGGGGUUGCUAUUUUCCGUUCAUUAUUUAAAUGUUAAACUCUGUAAGCACUACUCGUGUGCACACGGGUGUGUUUGUGAGUGUGGGGCCAUAGUUUUAUAUCUUGCAAUGGUAGAAAUAUAUAACAGUUUUGACAUUGUGGGGACAUUCUGCUGGUCCCCACAAAGAAAACCAAUUUAGUUUUAUUUUUACAAAAAAAACUUGAGUAGAACCAAACGGUUUGCUUUCAGUCGCGAGGUUAAGUUUAGUGUUACGUUACAUUGAAGUGGAGCACAAACACUUUGUAUCAGUGGAAGGUCCUCAUAAGUACAGUAUAAUAGGAAGACGUGUGUGUAUAAGAGAGUACGCGAGCGCCCACACACACCUUUGCCGUACCCUCGCUGAUUCAUUCCUCAGACUCCACUAAACAUUUUUAAGUGAUGGCUUUGUCACUAUGUUUCGUGCUCGCAGAAUACCUAACGAUUUUCGAUUCUUCAUUUUCCCGUCUGCUUCUCGUCCCAUACAUCACCGCGCACUCGUUCCUGCAACUCGUUUUGAUUGACACGCACGCUUUUUCACACCCUGCUUAUUAUUACCAACGCUCCUACCCCUAGCCAGCAGCAGCAGCAGCGUCGUCAUUACUCACAGGUGAAGCAUACGGAUGGUUUAGUGAGUGCAGGAGUGGAUCGGACUGGAGAGAAUGCCAUGGGGG